UAUGUGAAACCCUACCCUUUGCACUUUUACCAGUCUCAUCGUGUAUUGCUAUUCCGCUCCAUUUCCACAUCUUACCCCGGCUUCAUACCUGGUAGAACUGUUGUACUGUAGGUAGGUACAUAAGUAUCUGGAUUAGCCACUUACAGUACAUACAGUACAGUACUUACUGUAGUAUACAACAUCCCUGUUCGUAUUCGGCUUACGAACGUCAUCGUCUACCAUCGGUGUUGUUGACUUGCCUGAUCUACUUUUGUUAUCAUUCCAGUACCGGUAUCUACUUCGUACUUACAUAUUCUCUAGAGUUUAAUCUCUUAUCAACCCAUCCACAGCUUAGGUCCUUCUUUCGAAAGUUGAUCGGCCGUUAUCUACUGCACCGGGUACCCCAUGGCUCCGAUUCGCUUGAUUAUCGAGGAUGGCCAAUUUCAUGACGUGAAUGGUAGACAUGUCCUUCUGAGAGGCAUCAACGUCGCAGCCGACGCCAAGCUCCCCAGCCGUCCGAACGUGCCCUCCCAUGUCGCCGACGACUUCUUCGAUGGCGAUAAUGUCAAGUUUCAUGCCCGCCCUUUCCCGAAAGAAGAUGCCCAUGUUCACUUCUCCCGUUUAAAACGCUUCGGUUACAACACCAUCCGUUAUAUCUUCACCUGGGAAGCCAUCGAGGCCGCCGGGCCCGGCAUCUACGACGAGGAGUGGAUUCAACAUACAAUCGAUGUUCUGAGAGUGGCCAAGGAGUAUGGCUUCUAUGUCUUUAUGGACCCGCAUCAGGAUGUGUGGUCUAGAUACUGCGGCGGUUCUGGCGCUCCUAUGUGGACCAUAUACGCUUGUGGGUUGAACCCACAGAGCUUCGCUGCCACCGAGGCCGCUAUUGUCCAUAACACGUACCCCGAACCCGACAAAUUCCCCAAGAUGAUCUGGUCAACCAAUUACUAUCGCUUAGCGGCUGCUACCAUAUUUACCAUGUUCUUCGCUGGACGAGACUUUGCACCGAAAUGCAUUAUAAACGGCAUGAAUAUUCAAGACUAUUUACAAGGGCAUUUCAUGCGUGCCUGUGCACAUUUAGCUAAGAGGAUACAAGAAGCCGGUGACAUUGAGAACGAAGUAGUGUUUGGAUGGGAGAGCCUAAACGAACCGAACAGAGGAAUGAUCGGACAUGUCGAUCUGGGCGUCAUUCCCAAUGAACAACAGCUGAAGAAGGGUACCUGCCCGACUGUCUGGCAGAGCUUAUUGACAGGUUCCGGACGCGCUUGUGAGAUGGAUACUUGGGAUAUAGGAGGACUAGGUGCUUACAAGGUCGGACGUGAGCUUAUUGAUCCACAUGGAGAGAAGGCCUGGCUGCCUGAAGAUUACGAUGAUACUAGGUACGGUUGGAAGCGUGACUCCGAGUGGAAACUUGGCGAAUGCGUAUGGGCGCAACAUGGAGUAUGGGACCCUUCUCAAGAUGCUCUAUUACAAAAGAACUAUUUCCAAAAGAAUCCUCGAACCGGUGAGGUUCUGAAUUAUCCGGCAUUUACCAACUCCUACUUUAUGGACUUUUACCGAUACUAUAGAGACACUAUACGAGCUAUACAUAAAGACGCAAUCAUGCUCUGUCAGCCGCCGACGUUAGAGAUUCCGCCCACUAUUAAAGGCACCGAGGAUGAUGACCCGCGAAUGGUGUACGCGCCUCACUAUUACGAUGGUAUCACUCUUAUGACGAAGAAAUGGAAUCGGACGUGGAAUGUGGAUGUUCUUGGAGUGCUGCGAGGUAGAUACCUUCAUCCUGCCUUCGCCAUCAAAUUAGGCGAAACGGCAAUCCGGAAUUCAUUCAAAGAGCAACUAGCGGCCAUUAAAAAGGAGGGUCAAGACUACAUGGGAAAUCACCCGUGCAUCUUGACAGAAUUCGGAAUACCCUAUGAUAUGGACGACAAACGUGCUUAUAAGACGGGCGACUAUUCAAGUCAAUCAGCUGCCAUGGAUGCCAACCACUUUGCUGUAGAAGGUGCUGCGAUGGAUGGAUACACACUCUGGGUGUAUGCUGCCACUAACGACCACCAAAGGGGCGACCAGUGGAAUGGCGAGGAUCUAUCCAUCUACUCGGUAGACGACCAAACGCUACCCGUCUCAUCUCUGCCUCGGACACAAAUCAUGCCAUCAUCAUCCACGGGCCCAUCAAAGACGCCUCCCACGGUUUCCACCAGGACAGAAGUUGACGACGAGAUCUCCGUCACACCGACCAAUCUGAAACAAACACUCACCAAUCCUUCCAUAUCAUCCUCGGCCCCAAGUCCUAAUCCUGAGCUGACCACCACCCCGGGCUACCGCGCCGCAGAGGCAUAUAUCCGCCCCGCACCCAUCGUCGCGUCCGGCAAGAUCGUCAACUACGGAUUUGACCUGAAGAACUGCCAGUUCACGCUCAACCUCGACGCACUGGCGGGACGACCAUCCGACGCCGCGACGGUCGUCUUCUUACCCGAGUACCAUUUCCCGAAGGAGCAGUGCACGGUGGCCGUGAGCUCGGGGAAGUGGGAGAUCUGCACCGAGGACGAGGAGCGCGCGUGGGUGCAGAGGAUACGGUGGUGGCAUGCAGAUGGCGCGCAGAGCCUCAAGGUCACAGGUCUUAUUCGACCGCAUAACGCGGGCGCCGGGACUCCUGAGGAGGAGGGCUAUCUGGAGCAGUGCCAGCAGACUUAUGGCGUUGACGUCAAAAACUGCAGCGUCAUGUAGGUCUUUUACGUUACUGGGAUAUGAAAUAUGAAAGCGGAGGGUAUUAGGCAUUGCCUGAAUGGGAUGGAUUUAUACAUAUUGGGAUGAGUGGGAAUGCUGGGGAAUACAUGGCGUUUUCGAAUAUUGGUUUGCACAUAGCAGGUAGCGCAAUAGUAAUAUACCACAAUACACUUGCAUUGCGCCGGGAUACUGGAUUUAUUGCGAUGUGAGUGAGGGUUUGUGCUGUACUGUUAGAUUGAGUAUGUGUUAGGUUUUCGCAUCUAAGACCUGAGGAUCUGUCGUGUAUGUAAGCUGACCUGAAAAAAAAAAAUACUUUGUCAGAUAAGAGGGAAGCUUGCGAAUGAGCACGCACUCGUUAGCGAAAGGCCUUUUCUCCUACAAAUUUACCCACCUUGUUUCUGCCUAUGCAUCUGCCUCCUAGAUACUUACCUACUUAUCUACCUAUCUACUGUAUGUGUAUGUGUAUGUGUAUGUGUACCGGUGUCUGAUGUCAAGGAAAUUUUCCAUGGGGGCGGG